AUGGAAUUGGGCGAAGUUGAACAUGAUGUUUCAGCGAGCAGCGAUAGCGACACAAACUUGGAUGAAAGACUUAUAAACAAAGCUAUAGAGCCACCCUCGGAUGGGAAUCAAAACAUCAAUACGCCAGUCACUUAUGUAGUGCAUUUUACCGUCCUGCGUCCAAUAGAUGAUAGACACAAACUCUCAGAGUUCUUUCCUUUGAUGGAUGAAAUAGAGAGGAAGGAGCUUGUGUUCCAGAGUGAUCUCUCUAACUUCCUAGCGGGAGACCUCAUUGAAGAGUUCGUUCAACAAGAAGCACUGCGUCUUCUUCGUGAUGUAUUAGCUGCAACACAACUGGGCACCCAGGAUACAAGGAAAGCCAUCGUCUUCGUGGCUUAUGAUCUAGGUGCUCUCGUAGUCAAACAGGCCCUCUCCAUUGCUGCGGGAUUCCGGAAUAAAUAUUCCAGCAUCUUUUGGAACACGUCGACAGUGAUCUUCUCCGGUUGUCCGCAGCGGAGCAAGGAUAUACCGAGAAUGACAUCGACACUCUGGAAGUUUCUGUCAGGAGUAUUAGAUGACACCUCACAUCGUCUCCUCGCAGUAGAACUAGCCACCGUAGAGAAUCUUGCAGAUAUAACAAUUCAGACUAGCGAGGCCUUUAUUGGUUCCAAGAUUGCCCUACGCGCCUGCAUCAUACAUCUCUGUGCGGGGGAAGACGAGGGAGGAAUGAUACAUUCUAGUAUGGAUGCUUUUACUGCAACAAUGGGACUGCUUUCAGAAACUGCAAUCCAGGAACAGAGCAAGAACGAUUUGGCAUCACGAUUUCCGGGUUUAAGCAGCACGGUUGCUCAUAAAAUGCAGACCCCUCCACGAAUAUCGCAACUUGACCCUAGAGAAGUUGCUACACUUCAACCAGCUCUGGACGCACAAGAACACGUAAACUGGGACAGCUCUCGAGAUUCACAGAUCUUGUACCUCCAAGGACAUUCUCGACGUCUUAUACACAGCGUAGCUGAUCAAGUCAUGCGCAACGGCAUAGCCAAACUUCGAAAGGGAGAAGACUAUAGCUUCUCAUCCUAUUUGUACUUCUGCUUUGACUCGCGAGACCCCCAACGGCGUUCUAUCCCUGACAUGAUGAACUCCAUUCUAGUCCAAAUAAUUUCUGACAAUCAAACACUUACCAUCAAUGAAGAAUUCCAUUUUCUCCAAAAUUUGUAUCUCAUGGGCUGCGGAUGGACUGAUAAGUCAAGUAUCUCAUUAUUCAAAGCAUUUUGGGCUUCUUUCUUCAAUUACAAAGUCACUAUCAUUUUGUAUGAUUUUGACGAAUGCGACAGGGAUAGUCGAAGGAAAUUCUUAGAAUGCUAUUCGACCCUAGCGAAUAAGAUGGAAUGUCCGCUUAAGUUGUUGAUAACGUCACGGGAGCCAAAUGCUUUGGCGGUUGAGCUUGAACGGUGGCCCAGACUUGACAUCAACGCUUAUAUCCCCGACAAUUCAUCCGAGACCCAAAGCCUGGCAGCUGAUUCUAUUCGAUUCUGCCCCAACGAUGAUAGGAGACGAGAAAUACAGGAGCACUUGCACAGACUUUCCACCAUGGGGUCAACUACCCUGGAUACUAUAAUGAUGUUUCUUUUUGAUCAUACAGGCUGGCCACAUAACCCAUCUGGUCGCACUCUGUAUGAGUUCAUACGCCUCCUAUCACUGAUCUCUCCAUAUGAUACACCCAAACAAGCCCUGGACAAGAUUCUCAAAGCAGACAAACAGUCUGACCAACUUCGUUGGGCUUUGAGCUGGCUACUGUGGAGCUAUCGUCCCCUAAGCUUUAAAGAGCUUGUCACAGCUGUAGAGUACUAUAACAAUUCCAAUGACGCCGGGCCAGAGCCUUCAGUGCAGCAUGUUUCAACCCAGACUUCGAUGGAGGCUGGAAGACAACUGAGACACUGGCUUCGUAUGCUCAUUGACUUGAGAGACGGCCAAGUAGCCAUCCGUGCUGACAUUAUGAGCCUUUUCAUUGACAACACAGACGACGAAUCCUACAUAUGGAAUGAAGUUGCUGAUGAGGCGCAUCAAAAAUUGGCCGAGUUCUGUUUUGCCUAUCUAAAGUCAGAUAAUUCGGUUGUGACGCUCAGUAAGAUCGUUCUCCAGCACGAACUCACAAUCCAAGAACAACAACAGCGAUUCAAAGUAGUCACAUCGGUUCUCCCAAAAGAUCAAGGACUCUUUCUCUACGCAGUACAGGCGCUGCCUUAUCAUCUCUCCAAAUGCUCAUCUGACUAUCGUGCACAAGCUCUAUCGUUCUUCUUCCAUAAAUCAACCGCAACUAUCUCGACACUUUGGGCGAAGCUUUAUUGGGCGAUGAGCAACCCCCUAUCCCGGACAUCAAUACCCCCUGAAUCAGCGUUAUCAGUUUGUGUCGGCUUUGGCUUUCUUAGCUGUGAAAAGUUGAACACUGAAACCGAAAAAAUGCGGGUACAAUGUAUGUGCUCAGCCAUCAUCGGCGGCAGGGGUAGCGAGGUGCUGAAUCUCUUUCGACCAAGAGCGCUCUCGGUCUCCGCAUGUAUGGAGCUUCUGCUCUCAGCCCUUCAAGCGAAUGACCAGACUGUGGCAUUAGACAUAGUACAGGGUGUGCUUUCUCACUCUGAGUGGAAUAAUGUUGAACAAAGCUGGCCCCGCUUUGCAAUAUGGGCAGCCGUAUGGUUGAACAUGGUAGACCUUACAAAAGCACUUCUUAACAAUGGCGUAGGUGUCAACAUUACGUCAAGUGUCGAGCCAAUGAUAGGGUAUUAUCCUUCAAUUCUCUAUAUGGCAUCUUUUCUGAACCAUCCUGCCAUUGUUGAGACUCUACUUGCUCGAGGUGCAACCUCAGAAGCACCACUAUCAACCAAGUAUGGAUGCUUCCAAGUUGCGGCAUACCGGGGCCAUGUUGAUGUGAUUCAAAAGUAUCUCAAUCAUGACUCUUCAUAUAUAAGAGACAAAAAGCCAUGUACCGCUCUGUGGGCUGCCUCUGAAUGGGGUUGCUGGUAUUCUAUAAGCGCACUCGUUGAUGCGGGCGCAGAUGUUAACGAAGUACAGAAUGAUAUUGACCCCUCGACGCCCUUGACCACUGCGUGUCUUAUGGGCUAUCCAAAAACUAUAGAGACGCUUUUGGCCAGAGGUGCCGAUGUUAACGCCACAGGUGUCUCCGGAAUGAAUCCCGGGCUCUGGUAUCCUGUAGUCAAUGACCCCGACAUGGAGUGCGUCCGGGUUAUGCUCAGAUAUAACGCCGAUCCUAAUCACCCCGACUUCAAACCCCCGCUAUUGGUCCAGAUGGCAUACUCUGACCAUGAAACCUCACGUCUUCUCUCUAUCUGUAACGCUCUACUCGCUGGGAUCCGGCCCAUUAAUCUUAAUGCAACAGAUGACAGCGGGCAGACAGCUCUCAUAACAGCAUCGCGGUAUGGCAAGCUGGAUCUGGUCCAAUGGCUGCUGAAAAGUGGUGCCGAUAUUGACAUUUUGGAUGACAAGGAGAAAUCUGCCUUGUAUUACUCCAUUGAAGGGGGUUACGUGGACGUCGUCGCUGCUCUACUCAAGGGAAGAGCACAAAUCGACGCAGCCCACGCUUCUGGUGAACCGCCUCUCCUUUUCAAUGCUCUUUCUCAUCCCAAGAUUGUACGACUCCUUUUGGAAUCCGGCGCAGAUGUCAACCUCACCAACAACUACGGCAACGCAGCCAUUAAUAGAGCCUCAACAUACGGUAGAGUGGAAGUUGCCAAGAUACUCAUAGAGAAAGGCGCAGACAUCAAUCACAAGGAUAGUGACGGUUGGGCGCCCAUAUUUGAUGCAGUGUCCUACUCCCCCAAUAUUUCCCUCACACGGCUUCUGGCUGAGAAUGGGGCACAAUUGGAUGGCACACUCUACGGCGAGACACUUUUACACCUAGCACUUGGUCAGGAUCUUGAAUUUCUUAAAACUCUACUUGAGUUCCGCAAAGGUAUCAAAAUUGAUGCUCUUAACAGCUCCGGGAUUACUGCAAUGCAUAGUGCCGUUGACCGAAGCGAUGUUCAAUACUUAAAUGCACUCAUCAGGGCAGGUGCCGAUAUAAAUGUGCGGGACACCAAAGGUGAGACUCCAUUGCAUAGAGCUGCUAAAAAAACCAAGUCCCUUGAUCACCUGAGGCUUCUUCUAUCUCAGCCGGAUAUCGAUAUAGACAACAUUUCCUCGACAUGGGGUAGUCCACUUUGUAUUGCCGCGCGAUGCACCAACGUCGAAGGCGUGCGGGCCUUGCUUGACGUUGGUGCCGAUUUGAACAUCGCCAUACCGAACAUUCUUUAUUCGACACCCUUGAUGUCGGUUCUUGGUACACAUGGUCGAAGCACAAGGAACGAAGAGAUCCCGAAAAUAGACGCCAUUGCUCGCAUGUUCGCCCUCAAUCCCUCCAACAAGGCAAAUAUUAAACAAAGAGUUACCGGCAGCGUUUUUUAUACAGCUCUUUCAGCCGCAUGCCGUUCCGCCAGCCCUGCUACACUCAAAUUUUUGAUUGAAGAAGGCGCCGAAGUUCACACAGUAGAUCCGGUCUCGGGGAGGUUACCCCUUCAUUUCGCCGCCACUAACGGUUUGGACAAUUUCCAAGCACUUGUUCUUUCCUAUCGCGGUGACUUGAUGGUCUCGGAUAAAGAGCAGAAGAACUGCCUUCAUUGGGCAGCUCAAUUUGGGAAUCUCAGGACUGUCCAAUUCAUCAUCUCACGACUCAAAGAUGAAAAGAGACUAGAGCGCUACGUUAAUCAAACUGACAGCGACGGUUGGACACCACUUUGCUGGGCGGCGCGUCCCAAUGAUCGCGGCUGGGCGAACGCUAUGUGCUCGGAGAAGCCAGACUUUGCAGGCGUUGUAAGGACACUGCUCCUGAAUGGAGCACAACGAGACGUGUUGUGUACGCUGGGGAAUGGAACACACAUUGAGAAGCUCACGCCGCUUGAUCUGGCUCGGCGGUGCGACGCGGGUGAUAAUAUCAUCAGAAUGAUUCAGUAUGGUGUAGAUGAUCGGGCCGAAGACGAGAUGCAGAAUGGGACUAUUGCUGAAGGGCCACCUGUUUUCGGCAUGGCGUUCAAGUGUAAUACUUGUGAUGACUACGGCGUCUGUACAAAGUGCCUACCUCACGUAAAUACAUUACACACAAAAUCGACACAAGGGGAUGAUAAGGAACACCAGUUCGAGCAGAUAACUGAGUUUCAUGCAUAUCGAGAUAUGGCCAGCGGGAAGGGAGGGGAUGGAGAUGGACCAGGGCUUGAUGAGCAAGUUACGGGUAAUAAUGGAGAUGAAGACGCAGGAGAUGCUUCACCAGAAAGGGAAGAAGAAAUUCUGGAUUUGGAUGAUAUCGACAUUUGA